CGUCAUCUUCGCUGUCCUCGCUGCUGCGAACGCCUGGUCGGUCAUCCUCUUCAGCGAAGUGGGGUUCAAAGGAGACACCGUAGCUCUGACAGGUACCGAUGACGAAUGCAUAGAUGUUCCCCCGUACUAUCCCGAAACGAAAGCCGCCAGCUCUCAGGACUUUUGUUUACGCGUCUUCACCGAAACCAACUGCGGCGGUGAAACAAUGGCCCUGUUUCCCGGAUCCCCGUACCACGGCGAACUGACCGUCUACACUCGAUUCCGGAUCAGAUCGUUCAGAUCCUGCAGGUCCGCAUUCUGAUAUUUCCCCAAUCCAAAUUAUCUGCGAUACAUUUUAAAGUACAUUAACAAUGUUUGAAAGCAACUUAUCAAUUUGAUAAAUAUUUCAUAAUUUACUUCUUCGUUUUUUCCUCUCCACACUUCAUUCACUUGGCUCUUACUUACUUAUUUUGCAUAAUUUCGCCAUUUCAUAAUUUAAAUAAUAUACAAAAAAAAAACCUUAAUCCCUAUAACUUAUGCAUUCCUUCGUAUUCGCAAGAUAAUUAAGUUGCCUACACCGGAUAAGCCGAUUUAACGAAUGAGCGUAAAGUUGGGAGUGGUUUCGGUAGCGAAACCAAUGGAAGUUUAUUUAUUUCAGUUUCAAACUGAUCGAUUCGUUUUUUUUUUCAGCCAACUACAAAUGUAUUUUCCUUUUAAUUUUGCAAACAUAAAACUUCCUGUAUCCAUGGAGAUUUAUCGUACUUCUUCUUCUUAAUAAACUGCAGAUGCGGAGAAACGCUUCUGCAUCUCAACAACAAAAUUUGUUGAGCGACUGUUGCUAUGGCGAUAAAGAGCGCAACUGCGUUCACUUCGUUUACCGUUUUUUGAGAAAUCAUGGCCCUCUUGCCACCCGAUCCUUUGUUCUGCCUUCGCGCCGACAUGGACCACAUCCACAGCGUGUGCUUCCUGGAGGACGGAAACGUCGCGAACGUGCUCGUCGCAGCGACGGACGCCGGUCUCGUCUACUUCUGGGAUCUGGAGACGAAUCGAUUGAAAUUUAAAAUGUCGAUGGGAUCGUCGAUACAGGCGAUCCACGUCUUCGGAUCCGAUCUUCUCACGCAGCACAAGGACGGAACAAUCACUCAGUGGAUACCCGACGAAGACGUCCACUAUUCCUCAAAGAGCAGUUUCCAAUGCGACGGAGGAUUCUGCAAGAGCUUCGCGUAUUCGAAUCAGCUUCUGGUGCCGAUGAAAGACGCCGUGGGCAUCCUCGACGUUACCACCAUGGAACUGAUCAGAAGUCUUAAGGUGAACAAGGAGUGUCUGGGACAGCUGAUGGCCGUUCACAGGACGACGCUGAACGAUGGUGGAGUCUACGUGCUCGGCGGUUUCGAAAGCGGGGACGUUCUGCUCUGGAAUUCCGAGGAAGGAAGCGUCGUCGGUGGGAUCAAGCUGAGGGAAUGCAUCACCUCGUUGACGUACGACAAGGCGAUGGGUCGGGGCGUGUGCGUCGGCGCUUCCAAGAUGCUGCAGAUCUUUACUAUAGAUAAAUCGCUGAAGAUGUGUUUGAAGACUGAGAUCGAGAUCACGAACGAAGGCUGCAACGUAGUUAGAUUGAGAGAGGACAAGAAGAUUUUCGUGACGGGUGGAUGGGACGGACGGUUGAGGGUGUUCUCUUGGAAGAGUCUGAGACUGCUCGCCGUUUUGGAUGAGCACAAGCUUGGCGUUUCGGAUGUGCAGUUCUCGGCAUUCCCAGCGAAAGGAUGGAACAAGAAAAUUAUUGCUGCAUCCAGCGGAGACGGAACGAUCUCAUUAUGGAGUUUAUACAAUUAAACUAUUCACAUUUUUUUUAUAAUCGCAACAGAUUUAAUAUAUAUACAAUUUUAUUU